UCUUCUGUCGUUUCUCCUCCUCUCCCCUCACCUGACGUUCUUGCUUUUCUCUCCCUUCUCUUCUCUUUUUCCUGCCACCGCCCUCUAGGAGAGAGAGCGAGAGAGAGCAAAAGAGAGAGAGAGGGAGGGCACAUUUCCGUCGGUGAGCCGGCACACUAUCUGCACGCGCAGGAGGGAACUGAACAUUUCUCCUGGACUAACAUUACUGCAUACAGAGGACAGAAGAUAGCCCUCUGAAAUAAGACCGCAGGGGCACAAGAGAGGGAGAAGGGGGGAUACGGACAGCGGGAGAGAAAGACAAGCAGAGAAGGAGGGAAAAAGAGGAGAAAGGAGAGAGGCUGGACGGCAGAGCUAUGCCGGGCAGGAGCGAGCGGACUUCCGUGGCCCUGGUGCUUUGCGCACUGGUUCUGAUAUCCGGAUCAGGAAGUGCCCGUCGGAUCAGUAAGAGGGGGCUCAGCCAAAAGGUGGGGGACAGACCGGAUGACUACGAGUACCCAGGUCAGACGUCUCAGCACCAGAAGAGUGACCGGUGCCCGCCUCCACCCCAGAUGCUUCCGGAAAGGGCGUGCGAGGUGCCCAGCUGCCGCUCCGACUCGGAAUGCGAGCGCCACAAACGCUGCUGCUACAACGGCUGCAUCUACGCCUGCCUGGAGUCAGUGCAGCCUCCGCCAGUUCUGGACUGGCUGGUGCAGCCCAAACCUCGGUGGCUGGGGGGAAACGGCUGGCUCCUGGACGGACCGGAGGAAGUCCUGCAGGCGGAGGCCUGCAGUACUACAGAGGAUGGGGACGAGCCGCUGCACUGCCCUACAGGAUACGAGUGUCACAUCAUCAUCCCUGGGAACCCAUCCACCGGUGUGCCCAACCGUGGCCAGUGCAUAAAACUGCGAGGAUCAUCUGAUGGCCGGAGUUUGAGACACAAGUACUUCAAAGACUACAAGGACGAUGCUGGAACAAACUCCAACAACGCUGUUGGGUAUGAGAAGCACCACCACAAACACCUGGGAUAAGGAAGACACAACGGUACUCUCUUCCAUGGACUUAUAGCACUAUCAUCCUCAAUUAACCCCCACAGCAGUGGCCUACUGAAGCCUCUCCUUCCCCAAAUUCAACUCUGCGCCGGUCUGGAAAACUUCUGCCUCGGCAAACUCUCCUUCAACCAAGAGAAGUCUUCGUCCUCACAUUCAAAACCAAUACCACCCAUCCUCUGCAGUCCCAAACGAUGCCACUCCCUAACCAUCAAGCACCCACAGAUGUUCUGUCAGCCAUCUUGGCCCUGGGGAUUUUGACUGGUUCGCAAUGGUGUAAAACCCGAAACUGGCACAGGCUACAGAAAAGCCUGGUAUAUAGGUGCUUUAUAACUACAAAUACGCCUGUCUGGAAUAUAUACAAUGAAGAUCGUAUACAAACCUGGUCCUACCUCUUUGAAAGAGUCUAAAAUGGACAAUGCUGCUUGGCAAAGACACUCAAGAGUAUGCAGACAGUAUAAAAUACACGCACAUCCACACCACUAGCCUUAUGUUUACAUAAAAAAAUGGAGAAAUCCAAGAAAUGGUAGCAUAGUGAUAAUCCAUGCAUGUGUACACAGAAGCAACCUAGAAUAAAACUGGGAAAGCAGCCAGUGUUCUAUAACGCAACACCAUUUCGCCAUCAAACAUUUCACAAUGUCAAAAACCUUAAAAAACAGCUGACUGAAGACUAGGGCUGCAUUCCAGGUGCAAAACAUUUUGCUUAUGAUUUCACCUUGAAGCUCUACUUGCAUUAACGGUUUGCAGGGUUGAGAUAUUCCUUCCCCUUUGAUGGAUGUGCCAGUGGUGCCCUGCUGGAAAACACAGCUCAAGCUAGGUUUUGAAACAGCUGGUAGUGGUUGACCAGUUCAGACCAGCUCCCAGCUUGACAUGGUUUAACUGGUUGACCAGUUCAGACCAGCUCAAGCCAUGUUUCAAACGGCUGGUAGCUGGUUGACCAGCUCAUACCCAGCUAGACCAGCUCAUGACCAGCUCGAUUUUCAAGGUGGUCAAUCUGGCCUAGCUGUAUUUUACAGCAGGGAGUGCUCUAGAACUGGAUGUUUGAUGCUACUCUGCUUCAGGUUAUAAAUCAGCUUGAAUUCAGCCCAGCUCUCUUCUCAUCAGGAUGAAAAACGGGACCAAAAUGUGGAGAGCUGCCAUAUGCAUAUCUUGUAUUUUACUCUGCAAAGAGCCGGUAUCUUUUGAUUGGUUCAACAAGUCAAUGACUGACAGCGAUCAGCUUCCCAUUAGUACCAUGCUAGUUCAGGCCAUUACAACAUGCAACACUGUCUUUCUGAAGGUAUGUGUACACAUGUGCAGAAACUAAGGUCCCUGCUUUUCAGAAAUUUCAGUCGAGGAACAAAUGUAAUGUCAAACACCCCCCUACCACCCUCCCCUCCCCUCAACAAGCCAGGUACAGGCUCGACAAAGACUGUUUAGAAAGUCUUUACAGAUUUUAGCCCUUGUUUUUGUUAUGACGCAGCAUUUGUCCCUGUCUGCCCUAACCCUUCAAAGACGUGUCUGAGACUGUUCAGACAACAGGACAGCAGCCUACCUCUUUACCAGCUCUAGCCAUCAGGAAGCUACAGGUAUCACCAGAACAAAGGACUCUGGACUAUAACAAGCUAUUAAAGUCCUCCAGCUAAAAAGGAUUAUUAAAAAAAACUAAAACAGGUGCUACAAUAUCCACUGUGUUCUAAAAUAAAAGCUGUACAGAUA